CUGUCUCCUCCCACAUGCGGUCCCGUUUGUUUGGCAACAAGAAUAACUCGCUUGUAUAACCGCCGCAGUUAACCCGACAUCGAUCGUGAUUUCUGGGAAAACAAGCGCAGCGCUUUUUUAAACCGAGCGCAGACUGAUCGCCGGUCCUUUUUCUCUCUGCCAUCGCUCCGGAGCCAACAUGAAGGUCGCAGUCAGCGGCUGCCCGCUAAUCCUCUGUCUGGCCCUGGCCUCGGUGCUCGGGCUCGGCGAAGAUCUCGACCGGCCUCUGUUCGGGCCUCCCGGUUCUCCCAUCCGGCUCCACGAGUCCGACCCGGACCUGAAGAAGGUGCUGCUUUUCGCAGAGGAGCGAUACAACCGGGGCUCCAACGCCAUGCACCUCCGCCGAGUCAGCCGGUUCGUCUCUGCCACCAAACAGCUGGUGAAGGGAAUCCGCUACACGAUGACACUGGAACUGAGCAACACCCAGUGCAAGAAAUCCUCCACGCUGAAGACGUGUGACUUCUAUCCAGAGCCUCAGAAACUCAAGACUGAGGUGUGUGUGUUUGAAGUAUGGGACAUUCCCUGGCAGGCCACUACCACUCUCCUCAAACAGAAGUGCCAGCCUAAAGGCAGUCCAGCCUUAGAAGAGACCAACAAGGUGGAGGCUUUAUCCACCACCCAGCCUAUAGAGGAGUCAGCGGAGCUGUUGGGCCAGUUUAAAGAGUUCAUGGUUAGAUACAAUAAGGUCUACAGCAACCAGGAGGAGGCUGUCAGACGUCUACGGAUCUUCCAGGAGAACCUGAAAGUGGCCGAGAAGCUCCAGGCUUUGGAUCAAGGCUCGGCUGAGUAUGGAGUCACCAAGUUCAGCGACCUGACGGAGGAGGAGUUUCGUUCCACAUACCUGAACCCUCUUCUGAGUCAGUGGACUCUCCAUCGUCCAAUGAAACCCGCGCCCCCGGCCAAAGGCCCCGCCCCUGACAGCUGGGACUGGAGGGACCAUGGAGCUGUCAGUCCUGUGAAGAACCAGGGCAUGUGUGGAUCUUGUUGGGCAUUUUCUGUCACAGGAAACAUCGAGGGCCAGUGGUUCCUGAAAAAUGGAACUUUGUUGUCCCUUUCAGAGCAGGAGCUGGUUGACUGCGAUGGACUGGACCAGGCAUGCAGAGGUGGACUGCCAUCAAAUGCUUAUGAAGCUAUUGAAAAGCUGGGUGGUUUGGAGACUGAAACCGAUUACUCCUACAAAGGACACAAGCAGACGUGUGAUUUCACUGACAGGAAGGUGGCGGCCUACAUCAACAGCUCAGUGGAGAUCUCCAAAGAUGAGAAGGAAAUUGCUGCUUGGCUGGCUGAGAAAGGACCGAUCUCUGUUGCUCUGAAUGCAUUUGCAAUGCAGUUCUAUAAGAAGGGUGUUAGUCACCCACUGAAGAUUUUCUGCAACCCCUGGAUGAUCGACCACGCUGUGCUGCUGGUGGGAUAUGGUGAAAGAAAUGGCACCCCGUUCUGGGCCAUCAAGAACAGCUGGGGGGAGGACUACGGAGAGCAGGGUUACUACUACCUUUACAGAGGGUCCAAUGCAUGUGGAAUCAACAAGAUGUGCUCUUCUGCUGUCGUCAACUAAACUACUAGCUGCACGAGGAUCAAAGCGAAGACACAGUCCUAAUGAUGUUCCGUUAAACCGUUCUGUCUUCAUCCCUCACACCUCAUUUCACUCUACUCCACCAUACCAGCUGAUGAAGUUAGCUUUGAGUUGACUGUGAAACCUUGCAAAUUUUGAAACAGAAUUUUGUUUGCACAUUUUAUUCCACUGUUUAAGGAGACUCAGUAUUGGUUGUAAUUUAUCUCCACCAGCAACAAAUAGGCUUCUGCUUGACGUCUUGUAAAGAGUGGUUAGUUACUGGUAGUUGUGCUAAUGUUAUUGAUUUAGAUUUCUCAUUCCAACGACCAGUUUGCACAUGACUAUAAAACUGCGAUGCAAUUGUAACGACUGCUGUAUGAGAGAGAAAUAAAUGACCGAUGUUCGAAUAAAAGUUGGAAAUAAAAAAAA